AGUGACGGACCCGCCGGCGCUCGGGAAGCACAGGGCGGCACCGCAUUUGGCUUCCCGGUCACGGCUGUUCCCACCCCUUCCUGCCGCCGCGCUCAGUUCCGGCCGCUGCCGCCGCCGCCAGGAUGAUCCCGCCGGUGCAGGUGUCCCCGCUCAUCAAGUUCACCCGCUACUCGGCGCUGCUCGUGGGGAUGAUCUACGGCAAGAAGCGAUACGACUACCUGAAGCCGAUUGCUGAGGAAGAGAGAAGAGUAGAAGCGGCGGAGAAAAAGAAACGUGAAGAACUGGAGCGAAUUGCAAAAGAGCUUGCAGAAGCAAGUGAAGAUUCCAUACUGAAAUAAACAACAGAUUUCAUCUGAAUUCUGCACAUGGAAAUACAUGGCUAGGCUCUGAGCUGUCCAAUGCUUUUUCAACUCUGUGUGAUACUCUAUCAAUAAAGUACUUACUAAACUUCA